AUGUGGGAUUCCAUGAUAGAGAAGGUGAAAGCAGUGAUAUAUCGGCAUGAAGGCUUGGAAGAGGAUCAAUAUAGCUCAUUUUGGGGUGUGGUGUAUGAUAUACUCAUUGAUCUGUGGACUAAAAAUUCUACACCACUACAUUGCUUGGCUCAUUCAUUAAAUCCUAAGUAUUACUCCAUUGAAUGGAUUUCGGAGAAUCCAAAAUGUAUCCCUCCACAUCGGGAUCAUGAAAUUUCUAUGGAAAGAAGCAAGUGUUUGGAGCGAUACUUUGAAGAUGAGAAUGACUUAACGGUGGUGAAGUAUGAGUUUGCUAAAUUUUCAGGAGAGAGGUUUCCUUCACCAAGUGCCUUGACGGAUAGGUGGACCUUACUACCUUUGGUUUGGUGGCAAUACCAUGGCUCCGCAUUUCCAACUCUUCAAACCCUUGCCCUUAAACUUCUUGGACAACCUUGCUCAUCCUCAUGUGCUGAGAGAAAUUGGAGCACGUACAAAUUCAUUCAUUCCUUAAAAAGAAACAAAAUGGCUCCUGCACGCGCUGAGGAUUUGGUAUAUGUGCAUUCUAAUCUUCGACUCUUGUCAAGGCGCAAUGAAGAGUACAUACAUACCGCAACAAAGAUGUGGGAUAUUGCAGGAGACUCUUGGAAUGAGAGCGACAUGCAUGGAGGAGCUGGAAUUCUUGAGAAUGCAGCUCUUACACUUGAUGAGCCAGAGUUGGAGGCUAUAGUUAUUGGCAAUGUUAACACUAGUGCUACUACUAGUGAAAGUGAAGUUCGAAGUGAAGCUAUUGAUCUUGAGGAUGAUGAUAUUUGUGUUUGA